AUGCCUCUUUACAAUGUCACCCUCAAACCCGACGUGAAAGACGAGGAACUCGAAAAGGCUAAGCAGUUGGCUCUUGAGAAAGGUGGAACCAUCAAGCAUGAGUAUAGUCUCAUUAAGGGUUUCACCGUCGAGUACCCUGAAGACCACGUCGACACUCUCGAAUCCAACGACCACAUUCAUGUGGAGAAGGAUGCUGAGGUGAACACUCAGUGA